CAACACGCAGUCUAUCCGACUCGGACAGCCACGUCCGCUUCCCCUCAGACCCGGAAAGGGCGGGUCUUCUCACACCUGGCCCCGCCCACGCCCUCUCACUUCUGGUGAUACGUAUCACGUCGCCAUUGAGUGAAGGGGCCUGAUAAUAGUGUGAGAGGCGGCUGCGUCAGGAAGACCCUCCACCUCCUCUGGACUAGACGGCUACGAGACACCCCGGACUCCGCCAUGACGUCGCUCCGUAACCUGCUGCUCCUCAUGCUGCUGGCCUUCCCGGUCACACUGCUCGGCAGAGCAGGUCCUUUAGUUGCAGCCCAAGAUGCAACAGAAGACGAAGAAGCAAUUGAAGACUCUAUAGUAGAAGAUGAUGACGAUGAGGUUGAAGUAGAAGAGGAUGAAUCUACUGACUUGAUAGAAGAAAAAGAGGAGGAAGAAGACUUGAGUUCAGGUGAACCGAAAGCCUCCCCAAAUGCGGAUACUACCAUUCUGUUUGUUAAAGGCGAAGAUUUCCCGGCUAAUGAUAUUGUCAAGUUCCUUGUUGGCUUCACGAACAAGGGCACAGAAGACUUUGUUGUGGAGUCACUGGAUGCCUCUUUCAGAUACCCGCAGGACUACCAGUUCUAUAUCCAGAAUUUUACAGCUCUUACUUUGAACACAGUUGUUCCUCCUCAGAGACAGGCCACCUUCGAAUACUCUUUUAUCCCUGCUGAACCCAUGGGUGGACGUCCUUUCGGGCUGGUCAUUAAUUUGAAUUACAAGGAUGCCAAUGCAAACUCUUUCCAGGAUGCCGUGUUCAAUCAGACCGUGACUAUCAUUGAAAAGGAAGAUGGUCUAGAUGGAGAGACAAUCUUCAUGUAUCUGUUCCUUGGUGGUCUUGGGCUGCUUGUGGUUGUUGGUCUGCAUCAGUUGUUGGAGUCCAGAAAGAGAAAGAGACCUGCCCAAAAAGUGGAGAUGGGCACAUCUAACCAGAAUGAUGUUGACAUGAGCUGGAUUCCUCCUGAGACGCUGAGUCAGAUCAUGCAAAGUAGACGAGACAAAGCUUCCCCAAGAAGGUCUCCACGCAAAAGAGCCCAGAAACGAUCAGCGGGAUCUGAUGAAUAAACAGACUGUGAUCUUAUUAAAAAAUCUUCUGUCCACUUAUACCGGCCCCUCCUGUCCAGUGUGGAUAAACUUGUGACAUCCAUAAUGGAAAACUGGAGUGGGAUGUGAAGUCUUGUAAAACAUUCAAAAUCAUUGACUGCAAAUUUUUUUUUUAUUUUUUAUUCCCCCAAGGAAUUUUUUUUUUUUUUUUUUUUUUUAUAGGGAAACUUAGCCCCACAAACUAAAGUGUGCUACGCCCAGGAUCUUAAAGUACCAUAAAUCUUCAAAGCAUUGAAGUCCUAAGUUGCAUGACUUCUCCAUUCACUGACCAGUGAGAGCAAUGUGGCUAUUUUUCUAUAUAUCAUAUUUUUAUUUUUUUUUAUUUUCCAUGACAUCUCUGUCCAGGCAAACUGCAGUGCAUAUUGGCUGUAGCGCUGCUUCUCUACAUGCCGGUUUUGAGACCUGGUGAAGUUAACCAGUGCAUUUGCUCCUAUUUUAACACGUUCUCUGCUGGAGAAAAAAAAUGCUAUUGAGCUUUCUUGCCUGUUUCCAAUUUUGCAACUGGGUGUGAGCUCUAACAAAGUAAUGGUGCGAAGACAUCUACUAGAAGCUUUCAUUAUGAGUAUUUUGGUUUAGGAAAGGAUGGUUGUUUGGAAUAUUAUACAAUGGGGUUUUUAAAGAUUGGCGUAUGAAAUGGUUAAAUAAAACAGUGUCCAUGCAGUUGGGCGUAAAUGUUCAGAGAGCAAAGCUUACUUUUUGUACAUGGAGAAAUUUGUUAUUUGAAACGGUCUGCCUGUAAGUGUACAAAGAAAUAAAUUCUUAAAUAAAGAUAAAACUCAACUUUUGUAAA